AGUAACUUCGUGUUGUAUAUGAAACAAGUGUUUUAAGUGUAUUGUUAUGUUCCAAACUCCGAAGUGGGAUUUUGAUGCUUUUUCCGAAAAUUUGCAUUCACAUUUGUUCAAAACUGAACUUCAAUUUAAUAUUCAAGUAACGUAGGCAUUAAUUUAACAAUAUGGACAAUGGAAUGAACCUGACCCUUUCAUUUCCCACGUUGUAGUAGUUGGUAAAUGUUUUCAUUCUGUUCAGUAAAAAUAUUAAAAUAUUAACACUCGGUGCCUUUCCAAGGUUGUAAGAAAUAAGUUUCCUUUACAGACACACUCUUCAAAUGUAAAAAAGAUACAAAAGAAAAGCAGGAAAAAUGUUAAAACUAAAAUAAAAUACAGAGAGUUCUUUCCAACAAAAAUUAAUCAGGAUAUGCACAUGCCUGUUCUCAAGGCUGCAAGAAGCAAAACAAAAGAUGUUAAAACAAACUGUAUGCCCUUACCAAAUUCUGCAAACAAUAUGCAAAACUUCAAAAGGAAAAAGAUUAAGAAUAAAGGAAGGGAUAUGAAAAAUUUGUCAUAUGGCAAAUGCAAGUAUCAUUCCUUUGAUAAUGAAACAAGGACAUGUAAUUCUGAACUUUCCGAGGCAAAUCUGACAUCGAAGCAGAAAAGAAAACGGUCGCUUUCAUUUGACACUGAGCCAGUACACUGUAGAAAUAAAAGAAAGAAGGUGAACACGACUUGUUCUCAGGAUGACCCAUUGUCACUUGUAAGUAACAUUUCAGACAAGCCUACAGAAUCUGAAAAGAAAGAACUCACAAAAAUAAAUGGGAAAAAACAAAGUAAGAAGAAACAAAAAAAUGUUAUUAAUAGUAGAAUGGAAAAUGUAUCAGAAAAUUUUGAAAAACUUGGGUCAGCAAGUAAAUCACCAUACAGUAUAAACAAACUAAAACAAAUUCUUGCAGCUUCAAAUGCUAACAAAGAAUUGAGCAAGGAAAGUAUUUCUGAGAAGAAACAGGUUAAGGAAACUGGAUCAUUACGUGAAAGAAUGAUGAAGAGACUGCAAGCAUCUCGUUUUAGGUAUCUCAAUGAACAGCUGUACACAUCAAAUGGCAAGAAUGCAAAGAAGUACUUUGAAGCUGAACCAGAAGCAUUUGAGGCCUACCACAAAGGUUACCAACAGCAAGUGCAACAGUGGCCCAUCAACCCACUUGAUAUCAUUAUAACAGCUCUGAAAAAGAAGUCAUCAAAGCUACUGGUUGCAGACUUUGGAUGUGGUGAUGCACACUUGGCUCAUUCUAUACCAAACAAGGUGUAUUCAUUUGACCUUGUGGCUACUGCGAAGGAAGUGACAGCUUGCAACAUGGCUCGCACACCCCUCUCUACUGCCAGUGUGGAUGUUGUUGUCUUCUGCCUUUCACUCAUGGGUACUGACCUGAGUGCCUAUCUUACUGAAGCAAAUCGAGUACUUAAAGAAGGGGGUCUGCUGAAGAUAGCAGAAGUGGAAAGUCGUUUUGAAGAUGUUCAAACAUUUAUCCAAAAGUUGAAGAAAUUUGGAUUUGUAAACACUUGGAAAGACUUGUCUCAUAACCUGUUUUAUUUCAUGGAUUUCAAGAAGGAAAAGUGCAUCAGCAAGAAAAUGAAAAAGAAGCUGCCAGAAUUAAUAUUGAAGCCAUGUUUAUACAAGAAAAGAUAAAAAAGAAAGUAACUUAAAAUAUUAAUCCCAGAUACUAUGUUUUUAAUGUUUCUAUGGAAGGGCUAGAAGCAUUAAUGUGUCCUAGUGGAAACAAAGUACAUCUUAUGAUGACGCAUCUGCAACACUCCAGCUGGCCAACACAAAUCUGACCAAGUAUGCUUGAUGCGAAUUACAGAAUCCAAUGAAUUAUUGAAGCUGAUGAUAAACCUGGUCAUGGUAUCCAUUUAUCUAUCAAGUACUGGUCUGAAAGUUGAACCAUUGAAGGUCAGCUUCUGUAACUUCUCCAACAAAUAAUUAUAUAUUUGUUUCUCCCAUGCAUGCUGCAUGCCCAGCCCUUCAGUCUCCUUGAUGACAUUAUCAGAACUAUUUAAGCGUGAAUUAAAUGGCCACACAAAACUGUGAAGUUCCUUUACAAGCUGCUGCUUUAACUUUUUCUGUCAUAUUUCCCCACUUUCAUUUACAGUGACCAGGUCUGUAUGGUUAAAGAAGUUUCCUUGCCUACCUCUAGGUCAUUCUGAUUGGGUACUGUAUCUCGUUACCACUUUACCUUGUGGGUACUGUAGUCUUCAGUGACCAGACAUGUCAAGGUAUUUACAGAUAUGUGUCUGAAGUUUCCUUCAUGUAAGAUUCGAGGUUUUUACAGCGGUGAGUAUGAAGAUUUCUGUCUUCUGAGUUGUUGCGCUGUGUAGUCUGGUCGAUGUUAACCAACGUUUCAGAGGUCAUACUGCCUCUGUCAUCAGGGCGACAUCUCAAACGUUGGUAAACAUCGACCAGACUACACAGCGCAACAACCCAGAAGACAGAAAUCUUCAAGUUUCCUUCAGCUGGUAGAGAGUGAAUGCUGAUCAGGACAUGUCUGUCAUUUGUCUUUCAAACAAACAGCCCUCACAUUUUGGCAUGUGAUAGUAUAUUAUGCUUCAUCUUUAAGGAAUUUCUCACAAAACAGGAUAGCACAUUCUUCCUAUUAUGGAAGACUAAACCUCAACAUUUUGAAUGUGAUGAGAGGGAGGCACAGCAGUAAUCCUUUUCUAAGUCUCUUGACAAAGCAUACUGUAAAUGUAUAUUCAGUUAAAGACAUCAGGAUAUAAAGCUAAAAUAAAAGUUGAUCAAUAUGUAACUUUCAUUAAUCCCUACUUAUGCUUAUAUUUUUUAAAUCUUUUGUUUCAUUUCUAAGACAUGAAGGUGCUGGUAUAGGUUCUGUUGUAUACAACCAUGAAAAGGAUGCCGCUAUUGGAUAUACCUCAAUGUUCGUCAUGCUUACAGUACAGUGCAAAGAUGAGCAAGCAAGAAAAUUAUGAUAUAUGAAUUUUAAUAUUACUGUAUUACAAGUUUGGUUUGAUCUCAGUAGGAUUCAGCAGAACUGUCAAUAUGUAACAUAAUAAAUACCAUAUUGUUUCUAAAAUA